GACUGAGAAAAGAUACAGACUAAGAAACGCCCGAACAGCCCGUACAAUAAAACAAUGACGGGACGCAAUCACUUGCCAUCCCGAACCCACCAUCACUUGAUCGACGAACCACGCCUCCUUAACCGCCAUCACGCAACGGCGGCAAUCUCGGCUAACCGGCCCCAUCCAUCCGUGCUCCUCGAGGAUCGUAUCGAAAUCCAGCACCGGGAGAUCCAAGCUCUCCUCCUAGACAAUCAACGGCUAGCGGCUACACACGUGGCGCUCAAGCAAGAACUCGCUCUCGCUGAUGAGGAUAUACGCCACAUAUCGGCUGCUGCGGCCAGCGUGAAAGCCGAGAGGGACGAUGAAGUGCGAGAGGUGUAUGAAAGGUCCCUGAAGAUGGAAGCCGAGGCGCGGGCCGUCGACGCGAUGAGUGUGAAGCUCAAUGAGGUGCGAGCUGAUAUAGAAAAGCUCAACGCGUCCCGCAUGGAAUUGACGGCGCGGCUACAGGAUAUCAAUGCCGAGCUUGCCAAUGUGCAACCGGAGUCUGAACAGGUGCUGGCCAUGAAGACGGAGAUAGAGACCAUCGGUAAAGAGGUUCAAAAAGGAAGGGCUGCUAUUGAAAUGGAGAAAAAGACACAUGCUGCAAACCUCGAACAUAGGCAAGUGAUGGAGAAAAGUAUGGUUUCCAUGACUCGUGAAAUUGAGAAACUCCAUGCUGAGCUGGCUAAUGCAGAGAAGAGAGCAAGGGCGGCAGCUGCAGCAAACCCUGGUCCUGGAUAUGCUGCUCCGAGUUAUGGCACUCCUGAAAUGGGGGGAUAUGGAGGAAGUCCGUAUCCUGAUUCGUACGGUCUGCAUCAGGUUCAGGGCGAUGCUGAUGCUAUCCCUGAGGUGUCUGGAGCAACGUCACAUGGUUCUUAUGAUGCACAUGGAGUUCAUGUAACCAGAUAAGUUUUUUUUCAAAGGUUUAAGAGACAAGUUUUAUAUGAUGCUAGAAUAUUUUGGAGAAACACUGAAACAGUCUUUCAAUCCGACCAAUAUCUCCAUUUAUUGACUAGUAAAGUGAAACAGAAUUUUCAGACAAGGUAUGCAUAUGUGCGAUGUUUCGUCGUCAUAUAGUCGGUGGUCCUACCACCAAACUCUUGUGGGCAAUCGCCCUUUGCGACUAGUGUAGCUGUUGGUGAAAAUUUUCAUGAAUAGAGUGAAAACUAAGCACUGUCAGCA